AUGGCGCGCGUGUCCAGGCGAUCUCGUCGCUCGACAGCCUCGCUUCAGCGAGUUGCCACCUUGUCGCUCCUCGCGCUCGCUGCUGCCGUCCCCGUCGCCCAAGCCAGCGUCCACGACCAUCAUGCCGGCCACUCUCCAAGCGCGGCCGCCCACGCUUCCUCUUCCAGCCUGAACCCCACCGCAUCCAUCGCAAAAGUCAUGCAACGAACACGUAGACCCUGGUUCACCGUUGCCAAAGAUCAGGUCUUCAACACGGUCUCUCGCUUUCUCUCGCACGCAUUACCCGACCCGCGCUACUUCUCCUACGAUCUGGAUCAAUUCGACGACUACCACCUCGAUGAGUUUCACCUAGCAUCGUCUGAUAGGUCUAGCCUUGACUCGGACGGCGUUUUGGAUGGCCCAGGCCUUAACUGGGGAGGUAGCACGCUCGAAGUGGUGCGAUCCCAAGCGAUCUUCCUCACUCGUUCAGCUGCGUUUGGCCCUCACGUGACCGACGAUGCAGGUCUCAAAGGAUUCCUGCUGCCCAUCACGGAUUUCUACAAGAUCCCAAAGGACGCCAGCUUCUCUACCUCGGACGCCAGCCGCGAUCCUGUCCAUGCCUGCCCGUACAAGGGUGGUCCCGGAUCGCAUCGCGACGUUGCUUUCAGCAAGUACGAAGACGAGGAUGACCGUCGGCUCUACUCUUCUUUCCACAGCGAUAAAUCAUCACAAACGGCCUUCACCUGGACACAUGAAGCAGAGAACGACCUUGACGUUACCAAACCUCCACACAACUGGAUCGCCCUGGUUGAGCGUGGUGGCGGCUGCGGGUUCGCCGACAAGGUCCGUGUAGCUCAGCAGCUUGGCGCCGUGGCGGUCGUUGUCGGGGACUCGCCUAGUCCAAAUUGGCACGGCGGCCGAACAGGCGAUCCGAACGAAGAGGGCGAUCCUGGACUGAGUGGCAAGCGUCUCAUCACCAUGUUUGCGCCUGGAGACACGAGCGACGUGCGUAUCCCUUCGACGUUCGUCACCCGUCCCAGCUACCUCGACCUGGAGCGCCUCAUCGAAGAGACCGAAAAGGAUCAGAAAGAAUGGGAGAGGCAGCACUCGUCUGAGCGCGACGGCGAACGAGCACCUCUGACACGCGGGCUCGAAAUCGUCAUUGGCAAGGAUGAUCUCGCGUGGGAGUGGCCUUUGAUCGACUUUGGCAUCCUCCUCCUGCUCCUUCCCAGCUUCAUGACGGUAAUCACCAUCAUCGUGCACCGCAUUCGCAUGGUGCGACAGCGACGUAAGGAGCGCGCGCCGGAAUUGGUCGUCCUUGGCCUCCCUUGCCUCAUUUGGCGCGGCAACGGGCAGCCCUGGGAGAAGGUUGAAGACACCGACGUCGAUCCUGGGCCGGGCAACGGCUCUUCCUCCUCCAACCCGUAUCCUGCUGACGACCUCGAAGCCAAUCCCGCCGGGGAAACCAUCCCGCUUCUCGCGGACCAGGCCGAAGCUGGACCCUCGACCGCCAAGCCUGUCAACCCAGCCUCGCUCCCGCCCGGGAGGACCUACUUUAGCACAGAUGAGUGCGCAAUCUGCCUGUGUGACUUUGUCGACGGUGACAGAGUGCGGGUGCUCCCCUGCGGACACAUUUUCCACCGUCAAGAGGUGGACGAUUGGCUGGUGAGGGUGAAGAAGCUGUGUCCUAUUUGCAAGCGCGACAUCACAGUGCCAGUGCCCCCGGGACCACCAGUGGGCGUGGUGGAGUCGGGCUCGAGUCCCGCUUUGAACGGUGUCGCGGUGGCGACAACAGUAGUAGAUGCGGACACCGGGGAACCCGCCGCGGUGCAGCAGGACGUGGACGCGGAUGUCAGCGUGGAUCUCGCUCAGCAUUUGAGCUCGGAUGACGGGCCGGGACAUCAGGACGGGCGCCAGGUGUGA